AUGGGAGUUCUCGAAGUAGCACAACUUGCGCAGGAGACGUACAAUUCGAAUGUUCUUCAACUGCUCAUCGAUAAUCUGACGAAACUGGACUUCGAGGCCAAGAAAGAUGUGGCACAGAUUUUCAACAAUCUUUUGAGACGGCAAAUUGGUACUCGUUCACCGACAGUUGAAUAUGUGCAUUCGCGACCGCAAAUGCUCGACGCACUCGUCAGAGGGUAUGAGUCGCAAGACAUUGCUGUUACAUGUGGGAGCAUGCUACGAGAAUGCAUAAGACAUGAAAAUCUCGCAAAAUUAGUUCUCAGAAGUUCGAGUUUUUACAAUUUCUUCAGUUAUGUUGAGUUGUCUACAUUUGAUAUUGCAUCGGAUGCUUUCUCAACAUUCAAAGAAUUAAUUACAAGACACAAGGCACUUUGCGCCGAUUUCCUUGAGAGCAACUACGAGAGCUUUUUUGAGUAUUAUGAAAAAUUGCUUCAUUCGGAGAAUUAUGUGACGAGAAGACAAUCACUUAAGCUCAUGAUGAAUAUGCUCAGGGAAAAAAGCCGUAGUAUUCAAUUUGAAGCUUUCCAUGUUUUUAAGGUUUGUGUUUUCUUUUUUCCGAAAAACGAAAAUUGGAAAAAUCGAAUGGGGAGAAGUUCUCUUGAUCCUCCAACGGUGCUGUGCAGCAGGUUUUGUGUGCUGGAAUAGUU